UGGCGUUUGCUCUUCUGAAACCAGCACACAGGGCUGUUUCUCUGUUGCCAUUCCCCGGUUCAGUGGAAGCCCCUCCCCUUCAGUCGUCGGUGAAGGAGGGGCUGGCUCACAUUUCUGAGCCAUGCACUCCUGCCGAACAGGUGAGUCCGGUUCCAUGGCAGGCAACUGGGAACGCUGUUCCACCUCCUCCAUCUCUUCUUUCACCCAUUCCUUCUGCCCCAUUACCUCAAAGUCCUCUGCCUGCACCCCUCUCCCCCCUUCCUCCUCCUCUGUCAGUGCCUUUUUAACUUCCUCUCCAUCCUGCCCCUCAACUGUCACCUCAUCCAGUUUCAGUAUGCCUGCUGGUCCCUUUUCUAUCACCUUCUCUUCCAUUUCCUCCCAUCUUUGUCCUUCCUCUUUCCAUUGCUCCAACUCUUCCCUCUUUUCUUCUAUUAGUCCUCCAUCUUUACAUUCUUGAUAAGGCACAUCUGUUUUCCCUUGGCCUUCCUGAUCUUCUUCCUGAAGGGGAGGAGCCACCUUCAUGAUAUCACCAGCCCCAUUUUCCUGAGGGUCUCUCCUGACUGGUUCUGGAGAUGGUUCUCCUGAUGGCUCCCGUCCACCACCUCCCAGUCUACCCAUCUCUUCUGCUGCUAGACCUCUAUCCAUCUCGUCUUCCUGCAUCCCUGCUUCCUGUCUGUCACUGAUGGUGUCAGGAAUUCCCAUGGUGAGAACAAUGGUUGCAACCUGGUCAGGGGUGUCAGGGCGAGAACCUUCCAAGUCUUGGGCACUUGGACAAAAUGGAUUGAGGUUCUCAGAGACAGACAGACCAGGGCUUGGCAAGUCAGAAAGAUCUGUGUUCAGGGGACAAAUGUCAGUGUCGGGAGUAACACUGUUAGAGAGGUCAGUGUUUAGGAGGGAGCUGUCCAUUAUUCUGGCAACAGUGUCAGAGAGGUCAGUAUUGAGAGGGGAGGAGUCAGCAUGGAGGGAAUUUGUAGCAGAAAGAUCUGUUGUCCUGAAGGGGGUGUCUGUAUAGGCAGUGACAUUGUCAGUGACCUCAGUGUUGGGGGCAAGAGCAUCGGAGAACUCAGUGUUUUUGAGGGAGAUAUCAGUGCCAGGAACAUCGGUGUCAGGAACCUCAAUUUUGGGAGAGGUGUCAGUGUUGGGGGCAGUAGUGUCAAAGAGGUCAGUGAUGGGGAUGGAGGUGUCAGCGUUGGGGGAAGAAGUGUCAGAGAGGUCAGUGAUGGGGAUGGAGGUGUCAGUGUUGGGGGCAGUAGUGCCAGAGGGGUCAGUGAUGGGGAUAGAGGUGUCAGUGUUGGGGGAAGAAGUGUCAGAGAGGUCAGUGAUGGGGAUGGAGGUGUCAGUGUUGGGGGAAGAAGUGUCAGAGAGGUCAGUGAUGGGGAUAGAGGUGUCAGUUUUGGGGCCAGUAGUGUCAGAGAGGUCAGUGAUGGGGAUGGAGGUGUCAGCGUUGGGGGAAGAAGUGUCAGAGAGGUCAGUGAUGGGGAUGGAGGUGUCAGUGUUGGGGGCAGUAGUGCCAGAGGGGUCAGUGAUGGGGAUAGAGGUGUCAGUGUUGGGGGAAGAAGUGUCAGAGAGGUCAGUGAUGGGGAUGGAGGUGUCAGUAGUGCCAGAGAGGUCAGUGAUGGGGAUGGAGGUGUCAGUGUUGGGGGCAGUAGUGCCAGAGGGGUCAGUGAUGGGGAUAGAGGUGUCAGUGUUGGGGGAAGAAGUGUCAGAGAGGUCAGUGAUGGGGAUGGAGGUGUCAGUAGUGCCAGAGGGGUCAGUGAUGGGGAUGGAGGUGUCAGUGUUUGGGGCAGUAGUGUCGGAGAGGUCAGAGUUGGGACUGCCAUGAUCCAGAGCAGCAGUGUUGGAGAUUUCAGUUUUGGGAAGAAUGGAAUCUAUGUCAUGGGAAAGGGCAUCAGAAAGAUCAGUAUACGCAAGAGAGCUGUUUGGAAGAGGUGUUUCAGCAGAGGAUGAGUCAGUAUUGGAUAGAACAGAUUCAGAGAACUCAGCGUUUUUGAGGGAGAUAUCAGUGCCAGGAACAUCAGUGUCAGGGACCUCAAUAUUGGGAGAGGAGGUGUCAGUGUUGGGGGCAGUAGUGUCAGAGAGGUCAGUGAUGGGGAUGGAGGUGUCAGUGUUGGGAGCAGUAGUGUCAGAGAGGUCAGUGAGGGGGAUGGAGGUGUCAGUGUUGGGGAUGGAGGUGUCAGUGUUGGGAGCAGUAGUGUCAGAGAGGUCAGUGUUGG